AAGUGACAUCAGAAAAUACGCUCGCCAAGUACCCCAGUGCCAUUUUGGCUCAAACAAAGUCUGCAUUUCACAAAUUUCUUGUAGCCUCUUUUUUAUUUUUCGUUGUAAAACCUUUUGUUACGAUAUUGUUAAUAUAUUUGAAUGCAUGUGUGUAUUCUUUCUGGUAGGUGUAAAUUAACCAAAAACGUUUUCCCAGGAAGUCCUUGCUAAACCGCUAACCUUGUUAGCGGUUAGCUUUAGAGGGCUCUCUAACGUUACGUGUCAUCAAUAACGAGACACUAGUUACUUGAGCUAGCAAGCUAAUAGCUUAUAGCUAUUUAGCUUACUGCUAACUUUUGCCACUUCAUAACUAAAUAUGGGUGGAUGCUCUGCACCAAAUUGCUCUAACUCCACUACUAUAGGUAAACAACUCUUUAGAUUUCCGAAAGACCCCGUACGAAGCAGAAAGUGGGUGAUAAACUGUCGACGUGACUUUGUGCCGACACCCUGCUCCAGGUUAUGCCAGGACCAUUUCGAAGAAAGUCAGUUUGAAGAAAUCGCAAGAUCACCAGCAGGGGGGAAGAAACUAAAACCUAAUGCCAUCCCUACCCUCUUUAAUGUACCCGACCCCCCCUCUCCCAUCACACCUCAGAUAACUCUACCUAUUAAACCAGAACCAGUGGAGAAGGACCUUAACGUGGGAGACCAUGGCUAUGCUCGGCGACAGCCUAAACUGAGUACAGAGGAGGAGGCAGGACUGCAGGCCACAGAGGAAGAGCACCCUUGCACUCUCUGUCAACACUACAAGGCUCAGCUGGAGCAGCAGCAACAACACACAGCCAGGCUACAGAGAGAGGUAGAGGAAAUGAAGAAACGUCUCCACAAACUGAACAAGAUCGAGAAAGGGCUUCAGAUGUUCCUGUUUGAGGAUCAGAUCCGGGCGCUCACCUUGGCCAAGCGCUCGCGCAGGGCCGUGUGGUCUCAGGACACUGUGUUGACUGCCCGCAAAAUCCGUUGCGCCGUCGGGGUCAAAGGGUACGAGUUCCUCCGAGAUCUGGGAUACCCCUUACCCUCCUACAGAACUUUGUGCAACCGAUUGGAGCCCAAAGCAAUGUCCACCAGCAUGCAGGAAGAGCUGGCUGAACUGGGCCUUGGCAUCAUAACAUCAUGUAACAGUCCAGAGGGCAGUGGAGCUAAUGAUGACGGACUUAUAGGGGUGAUGACGUAGAGGCAUUUCUCUUUUUAUGUUUUGUUUUUAAGUUUCAAAUUAUAAAAUUAAUAUUUGGCUGAAGGCAAUAAUUGAUGCGGCUCUAUAGUGAGCUUUUGCAUCGGUACCUGGUUGCAUAAAGAGUGUGUGAUCAGAGGUAUUUCUUUUUAAAUAUUAAAUUCCCAAUGAAUAUUUUGAAGAUGCUGGGUCAUUCUCAUAUGAACAUAUUACAAUAGCCAACACACCUAAGACACUAUUAGUUGUUUGCACACAGAGUACAGCCAUGAAAAUAGUAUGCAGAAUAUUUUAAGUAAAAGGUGUUUUACUUGAGUGCGUUUAGCCUCAUUUCUUUUUCAACAAUGUUCUUGAGCCUUACCGACUGCAAGAUGGUGUCAUAACUUGUAAAAGUCAUUCAUUGAUGGCCAUGUUUUUAUUAUUGUUUACCUCAGUGGUGAAGAGGGAAAGAAGUACACAAACAUGUUUGCUCUCUGCUCCAGCCAUUUCACAGAAUUUGAUUUGUUUGGUGCACAUGGUUGUGAGGGGCUUGGCAGCAUGACUGCAAACUACACACCAACAUGCCACACGUUACUGUCCAGCACACAAUGUUAUCUGUCAUACUUGGAAAGGAAAACGAAAUAUGCAUCCAGCGCAUUGGAGAAGAGACUCUGUGCCCUGUGGAUACUGUCACAAGUGGUAACAAUGGAUGGCCUCCUAAGCAAACUCUUGUCUGACUGCAUGAUGGUUUCCCACCACACUCCAUAAACCUCUAUGGAGUUGCAAAAUGAUACUUUUGUGCAGCAUGCUGUUAUCCAGGCAGUGGUACUAAAUGUACAAUAUCUUAAGAAUAAAAGUUUUCAACAGUUA